AUGAGCGGCAUUCAUCGCUUCCUCACCAAGGGGCGUGGUAAAUCUGGGCGACACAACAAAGAUGAGAGCACCCAUAUUCCCUUGUUUCGAGGCUUUUUUGUAUCCCCGCCGAACCAAGAUGAUGGUCAAGAUCAUGAGAAGAAGGUUAAAGAUGUUGAGAACCGGAUCAAAAGAAUGGGAAUUACGACGCUAGAGGAAAAACAUUUCAGUUAUGCAUUGCAUUCUACCAAGGGCGAUGUCGACGCGGCGAUCAGUUUAUUGCUCUUGCUGGAAGACUCAAUCGAGGGCAUUAUCAGAAGCUACACCCCCAACACGAAACUUCUUGGUGCAGAGAACCGCCAGGGAGUUACCUGUUACCUCGACGCAUUACUUUUCGCCAUGUUUGCCCGUCUUGACUGCUUCGAAGCCAUCUUGUACAAAUCAUUCAAUGACGAACCCCGCCGGAAGCUUGCCAUUCUGCUACGAUUCUGGGUGAACCUGCUCCGGGCUGGAAAGCUCAUCACAACCGAUAUUACAAAGCACAUACAGGAUGCCCUCGCGGAGUGUGGCUGGGAAGAUGCAGCCAAACUCCGACAACAAGAUACCUCAGAGGCUUUCACUUUCAUUACUGAGAAGCUUGAGCUACCGCUUCUUACUCUCAAAAUGGACAUCUACCACACUGGCAAGGAAGAUGCCAGCGACGACCAUAAAUUCAUCAACGAGCGACUUCUUGAGGUGGCUAUUCCACCCGAGCCUACUGAUGGCCAGAUCCUUACCCUCGAGGAUUGUCUGGAGGCCUACUUCAAUAACCGUAUUGAAGUGAAGCGCUAUCUCGGGCGGCGGAACACUCUUCCGUCCACUCGGUCUGUGGAUUCUUUAUCCAUCUCCAAGGGAUUCACCGCACACGUUGAGGAGAUUGACACCACACCGACCGUGUCUCCGGUCCAGUCAGAUUCUCCAAAAGCUGAGAAACCGGGCCCCUGGUCAUCCUUUACAGAAUUCAAUGAUGCUCUCACUGCACGGCGGCUUGGGCGGCGUGAUAGCAUUGUUCGAGAACGAUUUAUUCCGGAGUCGGAAAACAAGCCUGGAGACACGGACUUGCCUUCCUCAGACCCCCAGCAAAGGAAAGGUUCAUAUCGAAAGGAGGUGAUGAUGCCAGCGUGGCAGUUCUUCAGUCUCAUCCCAUGGUACACCGAUAAUACACCCACCAGUGAUGCUCAAGUUGCAGCGCACUUCUCCUCCAAAAGACCUAUUCUUGGCAUGUGCUUGAAGCGCUACUCAUUUACUCCCAACGGAACGGCAACACGGCUCAACACGUAUAUUGACAUACCAACUGAAAUCGGUUUGCCUCAUUUCAUCCAAGAUGACAACCUGGACGCGGACGCACCUAUGUAUGGGAACUUCAAGCUUUCUCUGCAAGCUAUGGUCUGCCAUCGUGGCAAUUCUGUUGACUCCGGGCAUUACAUUUCCAUUGUCCGGGGCACAAGUCCCAAUGUUGCGCCGUCUGGCUCCAGCACCAGCUCGGAUCAUCCUCCCGAGGCGCCGAAACACUGGCUGCGUUUCGAUGACCUCGCUGCCGAACGAGUGACUCUCAUUGACGUCGAUACAGCGCUGAAAACCGAGUCACCAUACCUUCUUUUCUACCAAAUCCUGCCCAUAGAUCAAGAUGCAUCCGUUGCCAAUCUUCCGAAGAAUGCUCCUUCAUCCCGGGCAUCCGAUUCUACUCUCGAUGGGGAUAUGACCGAGAUCUCUCGGAAGCUCUUCGGCCUCGCGGUUGAUGACACAGAUGGUAGCACUGCUGGAGAUCUUACCUCUGCUCGGCCCAGCUUCGAGAUCACUGCACCUGAUAACGCAGACAGCCAGAACACGACGAGACGGCCCAGUGUUGUAUUUUCAGAAGGCGUGACCGGUCCUCAGGCCCGCUCGGUGCCAUCCAUGUCGCCACGCUUAGCGCCCAUGGAAGAAGAAAGCACCAGAGGCACUUUUGGCUUCUCGCGACGUAGGUCUGGUACCAAGAGCAACUCUGGAAGCCGUGCUGGUAGUCAGUCAGGUGAGAAUAGAGUUGGAUCGACUUUUUCUCGGUUUACUGGCCGAUUGAGCCGCGACAAAUUCACCAGCGAUGGCGAAGGCGAGACCGACGAGUCUGCCUUAGAGGCUGAUGAUGCUUUCCCCGAUGAUGUGAAGCUCGGACCGGCCGCCUACGAUGGCAAAGAGAAGUCAGGAAGAGGAAGGGCAAAGGAUCGCGGGUCCAAAGGCAAAAGUAAGGAAAAGUCAAAGGAGAAGACUCGGAAGCCUGAGCGAGAAUGCGCCGUGAUGUGA